AUGCAAGGAAUAGGUAUUGGAAUCAGUACAAAAUCAUUGGUUCGCAAUAUUAUUGAUUUACAAGAACAUUGUGCAAAAAUUGUCGAUGAAUUUGGCGGUGCUCUGGUUGAAGAAUAUAUUGAAGGACGUGAAUUUACUGUCUUAGUUGCUGGUACCAGAGACAAUAUUCAUGUGUUUCCUCCGGUCGAAUAUCAUUUUUCUGCCAAUAAAACAUUUAUCACAUUCGAAGAUAAAUGGGGUGGGAACUGCACAGACUCACAUUGGCAUUUCUUAAGCGAAGCAAAAGGACCGGAAGAGCAACGAUUAAUUCAUGAUUUAAUGUUAUUAGCUGAACACCUGUAUGAAUCAUUUAAUGGUGACGGAUAUGCUCGUAUAGAUAUACGACAAGACAACAAAACAAAACAAUUAUCAAUAUUAGAUUGUAAUCCUAAUUGUAGUGUAUUUUAUAAGUAUUCAUGUUCAGCUGAUUUGAUCGUGCAAUCUGGUGGUUGGUCGAGGGAAAAAUUCAUGAAAUUUAUAUUGGAACAAGCAUUAGAACGUCGGCGACAAUAUCAUUUGAAGCAUGCAUAUACAGUUAAAUAUUCACUACAAAACGGUUAUGCAAUGUAUGCAUCAAGAAAUUUACUUGAAGGGGAGUUAGUUUGUACAGACGAAAAUCGUUCAUUGAAAUUAAUAACAAAAAAAUAUGCUGAACAAACACUCAAUAGAAACGAAACGAUAUGA